AUGAUCCUUUCUAAAUGGAUUCCUACCCUUUUGGGUGGCCUUCUGGCUACCCAAGGCGCGCUAGCCAUCACCCUCAAUGUCGAGGAUCCAGACUCAAUAAAAUCAGCUGCCAAAACAGUCGCUUCCGGCAUGAUCACCUACUACAAUAACCGCAAUGAAAAGGCCAUUCCCGGAAAAUUAGACGACACAUGGUGGGAGGGUGGUUCGAUGUGCAUGAUCCUCAUCCAGUACUGGUUUUUGACCGGUGACACCCAGUUCAACAACGCCGUCCAAGAUGGCAUGUACUGGCAGCAGGGCGACGAUAACUUUUUCCCAUCCAACUACAGUCAGUAUCUAGGCAACGAUGACCAGGUUUUCUGGGGAUUAGCAGCCAUCACUGCUGCUGAACUGAAUUAUCCCGAACGUUCCGGUCAGCCGUCGUGGCUUUCUUUAGCCCAAGGUGUUUUCAAUACACAAGUGCCCCGCUGGGAUACCAGUAGCUGUCAUGGUGGCAUGCGCUGGCAGAUUUGGCCAUAUCAGUCUGGCUACCAGACUAAGAAUGCGAUUUCUAACGGUGGGUUAUUCCAAUUGGCUGCGCGACUUGCUCUUUUCACCAAUAAUGAGACAUAUGCAACCUGGGCUGAACGGAUCUGGGAUUGGAGUGCGAGCACUCCCCUUCUAAGGGAAACUUGGGUCAUUGCUGAUAGUACGAGCUGCGAAAGCCAAUGUACCGAUCAUGGCGAUUAUCAGUGGACAUACAACUAUGGGACGUACAUUAGCGGCGCGGCCUACAUGUACAACUACCUAACAAUAUUGCAGACAAGCGGGACUCAGAAAUGGAAAGACGGUAUUGUUGGCUUACUUGGGGUUUCAGACCAAUUCUACCCGACAGGCAAGACCUACGACAACGCCGAUGGUAAUAUCCUAUCCGAAUUCACUUGUGAGCCCUCUGGAAAAUGCGAUCGGAACCAAAUCACCUUUAAAGCCUAUUUCUCUUCUUGGCUUGCAUUCAUGACCACAAUCGUACCCGGCACCUCGGAUUUGGUGAUGCCAAAACUGAAGACCUCAGCACAGGCUGCUGCCCUGGCCUGCACUGGUCUCUCCGAUGGUUCUCAUUGCGGAACGAAGUGGUACACACAAAGCUGGGAUGGUACCGACGGGCUAGAGCAGCAAAUGGCUGUAUUGGGAAUUUUCAAUUCGCUUCUGGUGCCGUUCAAGAAUAAGGCGCCUUUCACCUCUGAUACUGGUGGUACCUCAAAAAGCAAUCCCAGUGCUGGUACGAAUAGCUCCGAUGUGAUUCCUCAAAUACACCCGGUCACUACGGCGGAUCGGGCUGGCGCCGGUAUCUUGACGGCUGUGUUUGUUGCUGGCUGGGGUUUGGCCAUCACAUGGAUGGUUCGAGGCGGGUGA